AUGCAGGUGUCCAUCGCCUGCACGGACCACAACCUGAAGAGGGGGAAUGGGGACCACGGCAAGCAGAGCGCCAGCAGCCCCAACGUGGUCAACCAAGCCAGGGCCAAGUUCCGCACCGUGGCCAUCAUCGCUCGCAGCUUCGGCUCCUUCACCCCGCGGCACAUUUCACUCAAGGAGUCCACGGGGAAACACACGGGCAUGAAGUACAGGAACCUUGGAAAGUCAGGACUCAGAGUAUCUUGCUUAGGGCUGGGUACAUGGGUGACAUUUGGAGGGCAGAUAACAGAUGAGGUUGCCGAGCAGCUGAUGACCAUUGCCUAUGAGAGUGGAGUCAACCUGUUCGACACAGCUGAGGUCUAUGCAGGCGGCAGGGCCGAAGUCAUUCUAGGAAACAUUAUCAAGAAGAAAUGCUGGAGGCGAUCCAGUAUGGUCAUUACAACUAAACUCUUCUGGGGAGGAAAAGCGGAGACGGAAAGAGGACUGUCCAGGAAACACAUUAUUGAAGGUCUAAAAGGCUCUUUGCAAAGGAUGCAGCUGGAGUAUGUAGAUGUGGUUUUUGCCAACCGCCCUGACAGCAAUACUCCCAUGGAGGAGAUUGUUCGGGCCAUGACUUACGUGAUCAACCAAGGAAUGGCGAUGUACUGGGGGACGUCUCGGUGGACGGCCAUGGAGAUCAUGGAGGCGUAUUCCGUGGCAAGACAGUUUAAUCUUAUCCCUCCAGUGUGUGAGCAGGCAGAGUAUCAUCUCUUCCAGAGGGAGAAGGUAGAAGUGCAACUCCCUGAACUUUACCACAAGAUAGGAGUUGGAGCGAUGACGUGGUCACCGUUGGCGUGCGGCAUCAUCACGGGAAAAUAUGAAAAUGGCAUUCCUGAAUCUUCCAGGGCUUCCAUGAAGUCAUAUCAAUGGUUGAAGGAGAAAAUAGUAAGUGAGGAUGGAAGGAAGCAGCAAGCCAAGCUGAAAGAGCUCAACCACAUCGCAGAGAAGCUGGGCUGCACUCUGCCUCAGCUGGCUGUUGCCUGGUGUCUUAGAAAUGAAGGAGUGAGUUCAGUUCUCCUGGGAACAUCCAACCCUGAGCAGCUCACCGAGAACCUCGGGGCCAUCCAGGUCCUUCCGAAGAUGACAUCUCACGUGGUGUCUGAAAUCGACCACAUCCUGGGCAACAGGCCGUACAGUAAGAAGGACUACCGCUCUUAGACCAGGCCGGUGGACUUACCGAGCCCUCCUACUCACCUACCUACUUAAGCAUACUGCUACCAUGGACCCACCGCUCAAUGUUUAAGUCCACGGUUCUCUCCUUGGGAACCCACUCAGCUCCAGCCCACUUCAGCCUGGAACAGACCGCCCUGCUCGGCCCAGCGUUGUCCUGCUCAGAUCGGGUUCAUCUCAGGUCCCGUCCAGCUCAGCCAAGAGACGCUUAACAAACUCAGCUUUUUUGCAGCCUCAAAAUGCAACUUGGUCCAGCCGAGUGACUCAAAACGUUGUACCCCUCCCCUCCCCCGACCCAAAGUGUUUGUCUUUCAGCGCCGGUCCAUUUAAAUAUAUCAAUGCAGAGCUUAGUCUUACCCAUGCCCAUCUAGAGCCACACAUAUCGGUUAGAUAGAUAGAUAGAUAGAUAGAUAGAUAGAUAGAUAGAUAGAUAGAUAGAUAGAUAGAUAGAUAGAUAGAUAGAUAGAUAGAUAGAUAGAUAGAUAGAUAGAUAGAUACUUUAUUCAUCCCCAGGGGGAAAUUUGGUUGUAGCAGCAGCCUGCAAGGUUACAGAAAACCACGCAGGGGACUCAUUAAUAUAGGAUACAUAUGCACACAAUUUUACACAUUCACAGUUGGGAUUUGAGCAGGACAGUAUGAAAAGCACUGCAGGACUAUUUCAAGUGAACGUGCCUUGCUCAAGGGCACCUUGAUAGUAGUUGUUGAGUGAGACGGCAACGGUUACUUCUUCCCUCUUCCUACCUACAUCCUCCCGAUGACUCAGACCAUCAGGUCUCCGUCCUCAUCUUUAAUGCCCAGACUUCCACCCACAAGUCAUUUAAUUUGAGCACUAAAUUCAUACUGAGCACAUAUUUUAUUCAUGAGCAUUGCUGUACCACAAGCUGAACACAUCAAUACAAGCACCUUCGGUAGCUUAGGAAAGUAGACACGGAGACGUUUCUAUUUGCAUGACCCCCCCCCUGUGCCCCCCCACAGUCAGUCAGUGCUUUCAUUCAAUUGCUAUGCAGUGCAGCAAAGAAAAUUAGCGUAUGAGCUCAAUCAUCUCACCUCUUGUGUCAGAGGCACACGCUCGAAAAACGUGACGCAAAAUGACUUCUUUCAUGAAAUGUGAGGUCAAGCAAUGACAUCGCUCACAUUUGUUUCAUGAAUGAGGCCUCAGCAAACCACCUCUCUGUUAGCUCGAGUUAGCUCGAAUUAGCUUUAAACUACCAACCAAAUGUACUCAGUCCCAUAUUUAGUAGAGCACAGAAUAGUAUUCACUAGAUAUUAUAAGCUGCAGAUCCUGAGUAUAUUAUCCAACAGGUGCAUGUUUCUCUUGCUAUGGUGUGCCUCGUUACUUUUCUACAAAGCACAUAAUGAAAGGGAAAGGAAAAAAACUGCAAGCUUGUCAACUGUUUGUGAUGUGUGUGAAGCAAAGGAGGGUGGAACAUCAGAGGGAAGCAUGUCGCCCUCGUGUGGUUUCUUUCAGGAACUGCUGCUCUGCUUCUUUCGAUUAUAGAGAAGAGAAAGAACUCUUUGCAAAAGAAGUGGACUAUGUUUCUCUCAGUUGGCGUUCACUGUGGAGACACUAUGGAGAAAAGGACUUAUAUGAAAUGUAUGUUAUGAUUAUAAUAACUGCAACAAUCGCUUGUUAACGGCACAAGGAGGCAGAUAGGCAAGGUUUUUGGAAUGUGGCAAAGAUUACAGUAUUUAUUCUAGACUAGUUAAUAUAUAGAAGUUUAUUUUGACAUUUUGAGAUAUUGUUUGGAGAUCUAUUUAUGUACAUAAAACGUUACGGCAUACCUUGUAACAUAAGCAAAACCCGUAAGAAGCCUCUCGUGCAUAUGAGGACUUCUCAGUACUGUAUGGCAAAUAUAGAUAUGAUGUAAAUAGAGUUAUUUUGUUGUUCCUCUGCAGAAUCACUGCACAAGAUGCCGUGUUUGAAUCCCUCUUCGUCCAUCCUCCUCCAACCUGACUUUACAGAAUUCAUUUCUGGCUCCGGAAAGAUAUUUCACAGAAGUAUUUAUAAGGUCAAUUUAUUUAUUUAUUUUUGCAUCAUGAAGUCAGAUUAUGAACAUUUGUAUAAAUAAUGACAUUUACAGAAGGAGCUUCUGUAAAUAAUGAGCUUCUGUUCGAACUUCAGCAUGGAGCUUGAACCACAAUCUCUAAACCAGGGCGCUCAGCUCUCUCAUGUCGCCUUUGUGCGUUGAUGUUCUGGUUCUUUUUUCCAUCUGGAAAACAAGCCAUCACAGCGAUCAGCAGAGAUGUUGGCCCAGUUCCAGUUGAGUCACUGACUCGUCCUCGGUGUGCACGUGUUGACUUGUAGCUCAAACCCCCACCAGAUCUUGAAUUUCUAAGGAAAUUUCAGCGAGUUAUUUUGUUGAAAUGAAGCCUCAGUGAGCGGUGUUUGGCCUUGGAUAAUGAGUAGACUUUCUUGUGACUAUUUGCAUUGACUUGUUGUUGUAUUAAAAGAAGGCUGACCUGACGACCUUGGCCAUCAUUGUAAUGCAAAGGAUCAUCAAUUUACAAACAAAAAACAUCCAGAAAAGCAUUUGCGUUGCUCUUUUUCUCAUUAAAGACUUUCCUUUAGUUUGGUUGCAAGUCAACAAGCUGAAUCAGUGAGCAUGUUAGACCGCGGCCUGCCGGUGUGUGUGGAGAAGUUCUCCACCCGACAGAGUGCCUUGACUUGAGUCCCACUACCGGAAAAAAACAAAUCAGGGAUGUCUUUCAUUACGAGUUGUUAAAUGGUGUCCGGAUGCUGUCCGACGAACAAAGUAAGAGUACAACAUUAAGUAUAUAUAUUAAGUAUUACCUCAUUGGUUUAAGUAGAGGUAACUUUUUGGAUGUUGACUUAAAGUUAUAGUAUGCAUACCUUUCCCUUAAAAAAGGAUGUGUAGGAUGAUAUAAAAAGAAUCCCUGUCAAUCAUCACUUCAGACCAGCUAGAAGUGUGUGUCUCUGUCCUCGGCCUGUAUUUUCUCUUGCUGUGUUUAGGAAAAUUCUGGGCAUCAGCCAUUGGGCCCCACG